CACACACACACACACACACACACACACACACACACACACACACACACACACACACACACACACACACACACACACACACACACACACACACACUCUCUCUCUCUCAGAGCCCUGUUGUGUGUGUAGACACACACACACACACACACUCUCUCUCACACACACACACACACACACACACACACAUCAUGCAGGCUCCGCCCUUUCAGUAUGACUUUUACAGUGAGGAGAACGCGCACAAGUGGAGAGGCCUGCUGGUGCCGUCACUCAACAAGGUGCUUAAUCAGGUGCACCCGAAGCUGUCGUCCCAGCAGGAGGCGCUGCAGUACAUCGAGGGGCUGAUCUUGGUGCUGCUCAACACACUCUGCCAGGCACAGCCUCGCACUGUACAGGAUGUGGAGGAGCGUGUGCAGAGGAGUUUUCCACACCCGAUAGAGAAAUGGGCGAUCGCAGAUGCUCAGGCCGCCAUCGAGAAGAGGAAGAGGAGGAACCCGCUGGCGCUGCCCGUGGACAAGAUACAUCCACUGCUCAAGGAGGUUCUGGGCUAUAAGAUCGACCACCAGGUGUCGGUGUACAUCGUGGCGGUGCUGGAGUACAUCUCUGCAGACAUACUGAAGCUGGCUGGAAACUACGUCAGAAACAUCCGGCACUAUGAGAUCUCACAGCAGGACAUCACUGUGGCCAUGUGUGCUGAUAAGGUGCUGAUGGACAUGCUCCACCCCAUCGAGAUCGCCCGCCAGCUCACACUGCUGGAGUCUGACUUCUACAGGGCGGUGCAGCCGUCAGAGCUGGUGGGAAGCGUCUGGACUAAAGAAGAUAAAGAGAUCAACUCUCCAAACCUGCUGAGGAUGAUCAGACACACCACCAACCUCACACUCUGGCUGGAGAAGUGUAUAGUGGAGACGGAGAAUGUGGAGGAGCGUGUGUCCGUGGUGUCGCGUAUCAUUGAGAUCCUGCAGGUCUUUCAGGAGCUCAACAACUUCAAUGGUGUGCUGGAGGUGGUGAGCGCCAUGAACUCCUCACCCGUCUACAGGCUCGACCACACCUUCGAGCAAAUCCCCAGCAGACAGAGGAAGAUCCUGGAGGAAGCUCAUGAGCUCAGUGAAGAUCAUUAUAAGAAGUAUCUGGCCAAGCUCAGGUCCAUCAACCCACCCUGUGUGCCCUUCUUUGGCAUUUAUUUAACGAACAUCUUGAAGACGGAGGAGGGAAACCCAGACUUCCUGAAGCGCCACGGCACUGAGCUGAUCAACUUCAGCAAGAGGAGGAAAGUGGCCGAGAUUACUGGAGAGAUCCAGCAGUACCAGAACCAGCCCUACUGUCUGCGGGUGGAGAACGACAUCCGGAAGUUCUUCGAGAACCUAAACCCGAUGGAGGACAUGAUGGAGAAGGAGUUCACAGAUUACCUGUUCAACAAAUCUCUGGAGAUCGAGCCGCGCAACGCACGCACACUGCCCAGAUUCGCCAAGAAGUACAGCUGUCCUCUGAAGUCUCCGGGGGUCCGUCCGUCCGCGGUGCGGCCGGGAGCGAUGCGACACCCGACGCCGCUGCAGAACGAGCCGCGCAAGAUCAGCUACAGCCGCAUCCCUGACAGCGAGACGGAGAGCAGCGCAGCGUCUGCACCAAACUCCCCCAGAACACCCCUGACACCCCCACCCGCAUCCGCUGCAUCCACUGACACCUGCAGUGUGUUCGACUCUCCACAGCAGCCCUCCAGCCCGUUCCACUCCAACAGCGAGUGUGUGUUCGCUCCGGUGGCUCUGCCGCACGGCCCACGAUCCUCUUCAGUGUCCUCUAUGAUGGGUUUUCUGAGGAAUGAUGAUCCUCCAGUUCCUCCUCCUGUCCCGCCGCGCCGCCGGCCCGAGUCUGCCCCCGCCGAGUCCUCGCCCUCCAAGAUGAUGUCAACACACCUGGACAGUCCUCCUGCGAUUCCCCCUCGUCAGCCGACCAGCAGUAAGGUGUAUUCUCCUCGAUACUCGCUGACGGAUCCUCCGGAGAGCCCACCUCUGCUGCCGCCGCGGGAGCCGGUGCGGACCCCGGACGUGUUCUGCAGCUCGCCGUUACACCUGCAGCCGCCGCCGCCGGGCCGCCGCGCCCCUGAGCUGCAGGCCUUCUUCCCACCACAGACGCCCUCACCGUCACCGCUGGGGCCGCGGAAACACCCGGAGCCGCCGCCGGAGCCCCCACUGGGGCCGCCCGUCCCCCCGCGCCUCAGCACCGCAGGCCCGCCCGCACACAUCCCCAAACUGCCCCCAAAAACAUACAAGAGGGAGUCAGUGCACCGCGAGGGUCCGCCGCCGCCACUGCUGCUGGAGAACGCCAACCCCACAUGAACACACACACACACUCACAGACUCCACACGUGCGCUCACUGCGAGCAGGAGUGUGUUCAGACUCUUCUGUCUGUCCUCAUCUGUAGCUGUCUGACAUCACUGACACAUCCAGAACAGCAGCACACACACACACACACACACACACACACACACACACACUGUAAAUAAUGCAC